AUGGCGCGGUUUGCCGUUCUGGCCCUUCUGGUCGCUCUUCUCCUGGCGGGGGUCUGCUGCGGCAUGGACCUGGUCCCCCGCGGGCCGACCGAGAUCCUCAAGACCGAGGGCGGGUGCAUCAAGCAGUGGGAGCCGGACAGCGCGCUGGGGCACUACGCGGCGGCGGGUGCGGUGGAGGUGACACUGGAGCCGCAGGGGGUGCUGCUGCCGCGGUACAUGAACACGCCGUCGCUGCUCUACGUCGUGGAAGGGAGUGCCAUGGCCCGGCUGGUAACUUCCCUGGGCCCCAGCAAUCUGCACCGGCUGCAUCAGGGUGACGUCGUGGCGGUCCCCGAGGGCUUUGUGCUCGGAGUGCACAACGACGGCCAAGACAAGUUCCGGGCGCUGGGCGUGGCGGAUCUCAGCAACACGCGGGGGAAAGGGGCGAUGAACGCCUCGAUCUUCUUCCUGUUCGGCAACCGCGAGGACGAGACUUUGGCGCCGGUUAUCAACGGCUUCUCCAAGGACGUGCUCGCGGCCGCGUGGAACGUGGACGAGGCGACGGUGGAGAAGCUGCUGACCAGCCAGAAGGGCGCCGGCAUCAUCAAGGUCGAAAAGAAGGAGAGCGCGCGCGCGCCCGCGGAGCCGGAGCCCAACACGUUCUUCGGCGACUUCAGCUUCAAUUUGGAGCACACGCAGGCGGAGGUGGUCACCCGCGGCGGGUCUCUCAACUUUGUGACCAAGUUCAAGCUGCCCAUCCUCGAGACGAUUGGCCUGAGUGCCGCGCACACGAAGCUGAAGCCGGACGCCCUGUUUGCUCCUACGUGGUCCGCGAACGCGCACCACAUCGUGUACUUCACCCGGGGCAAAGGCCGCAUCCAGGUGGCCGGGCCCGGGGGAAAGACCGUGCUCGACCGGGCGGUCGGAGAGGGCGACCUGGUUGUAAUCCCCAAGCACUUCCCGGCCGCCAAGCUGGCUGCCCGGGCCGCCCCGCUGGAGUGGGUGGACGUCAUGACCAGCCCCGCUCCGCUGUCGUUCUUCCUGGCGGGGGCCAACUCCGUGUACAAGGCCUUCCCCUUCGACGUCCUCGUGGCGGGCUUCAACGUGGACCCCGAGGUCGAGAAGAAGGUGCUCCACGCGCGCGCCCACGAGGCCAUGAUCUUGACCCGCCCCAAGAAGAGCAGCGUGCUGUCGGCGGCGGACGUUGAGAAGGCGGCAAGCGACUUCUUCGAUCACGCAGUCAAAGGGUUCUUCGAUAUGUAG